UUCAGUAAAUUUCCAGUGCCUUUGAGCUCAACAACCUUUACGUUGUUUUGGAAAGGAGUGAAAAUCCAGGAUAUAUUUUAUGGAUACCGCACCUUCUUCAUUCCCGCGGAUGUAUUUACUAUCAAUAGUUUUAUUGUUAAGUUUUCUGAACAAUGUCACUGGAAAGCACAACGUAUGGUCAAGUGGAGUGGCAGAUGUCUUUAAAGAAACGGUCGCACACCAGGUUGAGAAAGCUAGCACAUUGCUCCAGCAGUUCGAGCAGUACAUGAUGGAAUUCGGAAAGAGUUACAAAUCCCCGACGGAGAGAAUGCUACGCUUUGACAUAUUCAAGGAGAACCUUAAGGUAAUUGAAAGGCUCAUGGCGACACGAAGAGGCAACGUAGUUUAUGGACCUGGCCCUUUCACCGAUCUUACAAGCAAAGAAUUCAUGUCGUUGUACGUAUCGGGCUUCAGACCCGGCCUGCGGCCGAGGGUCACCCGCCGCCGCCGGUCACCAACCAACACCCCGUCCGAGAAUGGGGGCGGGGGCACCAGGAAACCCCUCGUCAAACCGAGCGACAUAAACCUCCCGAAGCUGCUCCCGCCCAGGCGCCCCGCCGAAGACAUGUUCGCCGCCCCCGAGAAAACGAAAACCCCGUUGAGACUGGCGGACAGCCCGAGGACUGAGUUGGAGACGCUGAGCAAAGGCCCGCGCCUGACACCGAAGCGCUCUGGGGCCUUGAAAGGGGCCAACGAGAAACCGGGUCCAUCGCCCCCAUCGCCGAUCACCAAGGGCCUUGACAGUCCUGCCAGGGGUGGUGCCAAGGGACCGGUGUUCCGCGAUUCUUCGCCCCCGAUAAGGGUGGAUUGGACCGCGAGGCUGAGAACGUAUCCCUUCGUCGAGAGCCAGAAUUUGGGCAACAAAGUAUGUGGAGCUUGUUGGGCUUUUGCCGUCGGAGGAGCUUUGGAUGUGGCAGUCGCACAUCAGAGGGGCAAGGUUGAGGCUAUAUUUUCAAAACAACAGCUGAUCGAUUGCGUGACGGAAAAUAAAGGUUGCGCUUACGGGAAUCUGAACUCGCCGCUGGACUAUUUGGUGGAGAAAGGGUUGACGCUGAGCAAGAACUACCCUUACAGGGCGGACGCCAAGGAGUGCAAUACGACUGCAAUAAUUGGGACCCCUACUCGUAUCGCCAGCUGGGAGCAUCUUGACCCCGAGGACAUCGAGAAAGCUUUGGUCACCAGUCCUGUCGUCACUGCCAUGCACUUUCCUCCGGAGCUGCAGCACUACAAAAGAGAAGUUGCCGAUCCAGUGGAUUGCUCGAAUGAUGAAAACAUGUUGAAUCAUGCCGCUGUCAUCGUUGGCUAUGAGCCGGAUCAUUGGAUCAUUCGGAAUAGCCACGGACUACAGUAUGGGUGGAAGGGUCACCUCCUCCUUAAAAAAAAUACAUGCGGCGUGGGUAUCUACAGUUUCGCCAUCAAACUGUAACUGCCUGUGGCAUCUUCACAAACAGGAAAGCGAAGAUAACAUCGUUUAAUAACUUGGAUCCAGUAGAAAGAGUCACUAAUUUAUAGGUAUAUCUUUGAAUAUUAGUGCACAGUGAGAAAUUGGACCACCUUUUGCAAUGUGGAACCAUUGUUUCUCAUCUUGAAAAUGAAAUAAUUAUGCGCCGUUACUCUCUCUAUACAGAUAAGUAUAUGCAUCUGCGUAAAUAAAAGUUUGGUUUCCACAUAUUA